AUGAGAGUUACAAUAGAUUGUUUUAAAGACAAGUAUCCACCAACAGAUCCACCAACUAUCACCACGUCACCAUCAGAUGAGACAGUUCACAAAACAAACGCAGUGACAUUAAGUUGUGAAGCUGCGAGAGGCAAACCAGCCACGGCUGUUAUAUAUACAUGGAAGAAAGGCAGUGAUGAUAUCAGCAUAGGUGGUAGAUAUAGGCUCAAUGGUGGAUCAUUGACUAUAAUUAAUAUUGUAAGAGAAGAUGAUGGUAUAUAUACAUGCUAUGCUAGUAAUGGUGUAGGACAACCAGAUAGUGCAUCAGCUACAGUUACUGUGUAUUAUCCACCAACUAUCACGACUUUACCAUCAGAUGAGACAGUGACUGAAGGCAGCAUCUCGUUGACAUUACAAUGUACAGCCACUGAUGGUAAACCAGCUACACUCAUUACAUACACAUGGAGGAAAGACGAUGGUGAUAUCAGCAUAGGUGGUAGAUACAGUCUCAAUGGUGGAUCAUUGACUAUCAGUACUAUUGUAAGAGAAGACGAUGGUGUAUAUACAUGUUAUGCUAGUAAUGGCAUAGGACAACCAGAUAGUGCAUCAGCUACAGUUACUGUAUAUUACUACUAUAGUGGAAUUGGUGAUUCGAUAUCCAUGAACGUAUCUGUCAAUGCCAACCCAUUACCUGUUACGUUUGGCGAUUGGAAAAAUUACGACGUAGUUUUAACUGACAAAGUAGAUACAUUGUCUAUGAGUACUGUAUUUAUCAACGAAGUCAGGGAACUCCAUUUCGGCGUAUAUAAUAUAACCGCACAUAAUGACAUUGGAAGUGUUGUACUCCAGGUCAAUUUACAUCAUGCAGGAGUACCCGACGCACCUACAUCCAUGAAUAUAAUUGACCGUUCUUAUGAUAGUUUAUCAAUAUUACUCUUGCCUGGAUAUGGUGGAGGAGAUGGUAGAGACAUAGUACAUUACAUUGAAUAUCGUUCGGCAUUAGAAGCGUCAUUCCAGUCUUGGCCAUCUGACGGAAUGGGAACAAGAAAUACCACUAUAUGGAUUAUGCAGUUACAGCCGUCAACUGCUUAUGAAAUAAAAGCAAAGACAGGCAACAUGUAUGGAAUCGGGCAGUUUUCUACUACAUAUGUAUUUGUUACUUAUC